GAGAGUUACCACUUAAGAAAAGUUUUACUGACAAGAAGCUCUCUUUGGGCUACUUCUUCAAUGCAAUUGUCUUCUUCACAUCCAACAUCGCUGUCUAUGUUUUCGUACUCUAUCUCUCUCCUUCUCCUUGUAGUCCUUCCCUUCCUUUAAAUCUCGUUCGUUAUCUCUUCUCUUCAUAUUUUAUAUCUAACUACCUAAACUUCUUCUUCCUCCACUAUCAGCUAGUACUUAAUUUGCUCUUCCUUCACGAAACUCUACGUUUUUCCUUGACCAGCUAUAAGCUUUCCACUUGUUCUAAGCAAAUACUUCUAUAUAAAAGGAGACAACUAUUAGCCAAUUGUAGAAAAGAACAUAAAAGACAUUUAAGUUUAAUUUAAGGAUGUCAAGCAGAAGGUCAAGACAGUCGUCAUCAGCAGGUUCCUCAAGAAUUUCAGAUGAUCAGAUAAUUGACCUCGUAUCCAAGUUGCAACAACUUCUUCCUGAGAUUCGAACCCGCCGCUCCAACAAGGCAUCGGCAUCAAAGGUGCUACAAGAAACUUGCAACUACAUAAGAAAUUUGAAUAGAGAAGUGGAUGAUCUUAGUGAUCGCCUUUCUCAAUUACUCUCCACCAUUGAUGCUGAUAGUCCAGAAGCUGCAAUCAUUCGGAGUUUAUUAAUGUAACUAUUAAUUGUAUUGUGAUUUUUAAAUAUUGGAGUUAUAUUUUAUUGCGUACCAAUUAAGUUCUUGUUUUUCUUCUUAAUUAAUUGCUCUAGACUCAGCUGGUCACUAGCUAGGCCAGUCAUGAGUUAGAAUUUAGAACUGAAAUAUUAGUAAUAUCCCCCUUCCUAUGGCACACGCUUGUAAUUAUAUUUCCCUUAGUAUAAUUAAUAAGAUGGAGUACUUGUGCUUUAAAA